AAUUCACUCAACGCCGUCGUCUUUAUGACCCAGGGAUUCAAAGAUGGCACCAACAUCUCCAUGAUGGCCAUCACGUUUUGGGACCUGGUCAAAUGUUUGACCGGACUCGUCCACCGCAUGUUCGGCCCCAUCAGUCUGGCCGCCCCUGGUCUGGCGACGUCUUGGCGAAACAUCACGUUCCCUUACGUGGAGUACACGCCCGUGUUUGCCAGUUACGUAUCGUACGCGCUGGCGACUUACGUCUCCGUGGAGAGGUGUCUCUGCGUCAGCAAACCGUUCACCGUCAAAUCGAUGUUCACCCCUAAGUUUACAAUCACCAUGGUGACCCUCAUCUCGUGCGUCGUUUUCGGGGCCUACCUGGUGAUGUACUUUGUGUACGAGAUCGCCUACCAGUUCAGCCCGUAUCUUAACGAGACUGUCGCCUUUUACAGAUACAACGCUUUCUACUACAAUAACGAGUUCAUCGUAAUGCUGUACUACAAAUGCGUCGCCAUUAUUCUGCCUUUCUCAAGCUUCGCCAUCCUAUGUCUCUGCUCUCUAACAACGCUGUAUUUCUUGAGGCAGUCGUCCAGGUUCUUGGCGGGUCGCGAACACAGCUCCAAAGUCGCGCCUGCAAGAUUCGCUUCCGGGAUUUCCCAGAGGGAGAAGCAAGUCGCCAAGAUGCUUCUGGCGGUGGUCAUUGUCAACAUCGGGAACCUGUUCCCUAGGAUCGUCUUCUACGUUGGUCAGUUAGUGGAACCGGAGUUCUACGUUCUCAGGAGGUACCACAACUUUUUCAUGACGGUCGCCAAGUUCCUCUUUAUACUGGAUUUUACAAACGCUUCGGUGAAUUUUUUUAUAUUCUUCUCGUUGAGCUCCGCUUUCAAGGCCACUUUUUAUUCCACUUUCGGCUCAUCUAAAUAUGCUGUUUGUAAGAAAUAA